UGGGCCUAAGUGGGGCUAGACGCCGCAGAGGGAGUGGGCCUGCUGGACGGAGUUGGCGUGCGGUUUGUGUCCAGACCGGCUGCACCAUGUCGAAGGUUUCCUUUAAGAUCACACUGACGUCGGACCCGCGGCUGCCGUACAAAGUACUCAGUGUUCCUGAAAGUACACCUUUUACAGCAGUCUUAAAGUUUGCAGCAGAAGAAUUUAAAGUUCCUGCAGCAACAAGUGCAAUUAUUACCAAUGAUGGAAUAGGAAUAAAUCCUGCACAGACUGCUGGAAAUGUUUUUCUAAAGCACGGUUCAGAACUGCGAAUAAUUCCUAGAGAUCGUGUCGGAAGUUGUUAAUAUCUGCUGCUUGGAACAUAAAAUCCCCUUCCAGAAUAAAUAUUGGUAUUGUUAUUGUUGUAAAAUUGGAAUCAGGCAUUUGAAAUCCUAUGAAGACACCAAUAGUUGAUGAAGUAAUGAAAGGUGACUGUCUGUCCCUUCUUAUUAUUCACGCUCUUCACGUGAAGAGGGGCGGCUUCUGCGUUGAGGGUGUCAUCACCACGGAAGAUCACAUUACUACCUCACAGCACACACAGGUAGUUCAUUGGGGGUAAAUGGAUUAUCCAGCUGUGUCUUAUAACUGGAGGAUACUUCUGAUCAUUCUUUCUGAGAACAUUUGGAAAAUUAAAGUUUACUGAAUCUUC